AUGAGUAGAAAUAACAAUAGUAAUAAUGAUGACAGUGAGGCAAGCGACACUUCGACGAUAGGAAGAACCAGAGUAUUAGGUUCAUUAUCUGCAUUAGUUUUAUGGACAGUGGGUGGAAUUACCGCUUUAUUUGGUUCAUUAGUUUACACUGAGUUAGGAAGUAGUAUACCAGAUGGAGGCGGAGAAACUGUGUAUCUGCAAAAAGCAUAUCCUCGCCCUAAAGCGCUAUUUAGCUAUAUGUUUAGUUUGAUUAUUAUUGUGAUAAUACGUAAUGAAAGUCCACUUUGUGACAUUGAUUAUCUACAUCCCAAUAAAUUUAUUGUUGAUUGGAACUUUUGGCAAUUACGGCUUUGGUCGUUAUCCGCAGUAAUUCUAGUCACCUUUUAUCACAUUCUAUCUAACAAGUGGGCAAAUCAUAUAAAUCAAACUCUCACAAUUAUAAAGAUGUCGACACUGAUUGUGAUAUUUAUUAUUGGAAUAGCAGAAAUUCCUCAAUCUAUUAAUAAUGAGCUAAAUACGAAUUGGAAAAAUAUGUUUCCUAAUAAUGCGAUAGUUAAUGUAAACUCUUUGACUGCUGCAUUUAUUCCUAUUUUAUUUGCAUACGAUGAUAGUUUGGAUGAAUUCUACAAUCCUCAAGAACAAUUAAAGAAGUCAAAUAGUAUUAGCGUCCUUGUUGUUACUGUUUUGUAUCUUGGUGUUAAUAUUGCAUACACGAAUAUACCAUUAUCAAAUAUAACAGGCUCUUAUGCACCUUCAGAAAUUCUUGCUGGCGGAUUUGCUUUUCAAAUCGGCGGCUUUAGGCUUGCUCGUACAUUAUCUUUUUUCAUCUGUUUAUCAGCUUUUGGAGCGUUGGCUGCAAACAUAUGUGCUGGUUCGCGA